GUGGCAGUCGCUGCCGACGACGACGAACCGGCACACGAUCACGAUCACGACGACGACGACGAUAACGACGACGGCGACGCCGAUCUUCCCGAGCGGUGCCGAUCUCGCGAUCUAAAUACACCGCGUGUCUUGUCGCGCCGACCGAUCGUUUCCCGACAAGCGAAUCGACGUCGUAUGAAAGAGAAGUGAAAUAUGUGCCCUUCGAUUCGCAGGUGUAGCUGCAGAUGCGGCUGAAAGUCGACUAAAUCCAAGAGUAUAUUGGUGUCGCUCCAGUGUCACUGACUGUAUCCCUAUACGUGAGGAUUACUUUGGGAGAUAAAGAUUCAUCUAUCUCGGAGUACCGCAUGUGUGUUCCGUUUUCGAGACAUUUAUAUAAAAUUUAUGUGGGUCUGUGUUGUUGUGAAUUUAAAUCCCUUUCGCAACUAUUGCGACCACAGUGAUACCGAAGAAUUUAUCGGAAACGCAUUCUUUUUCAAACGCUGUUCUUCUCAUGCUUCAAUUGUAAAGUCUUUAUAUCUAAUAAAUCAUCUUUCUCAUCAUUUUUCUUACAUCUAAUAAAAAAAUCUUUAAAAGAUCGAAGUUGAUUAUCAGCCAACUCUAAAAUUGGAGCACAUAACGAAGAAGCUUCCCUUAAGCUAAAUCUUAAUUUAAAUAUCACAUUUAAUCUGAUUAGUUUGAAAGAUUCUAUUGCGACAAAUAGCUUCUGAAGGUUAAUUUAUUUCUUAUAAAUCAUAUCGCAUUAAAUCAAGGUAUUAUCAGCGAGAAAAAAAUAUACUACUCACUGCACUACUUAUCACUAAUACCUAACUAAAAUAAAGACUAUAAAGAGGAAUGAAAGUUAUGCGUGAGAGUACCACCUGAUCGCGUCUCUAAAUUAAAUCGCGCGGCGCGCAAAAGGAGGACCACCUACCAAGAAUAACGUCAAGGCGGGGAAGAAGCAGUGGCAAAAAGCGACGCGUAAAAGACACGCGCCAGAGACGCAGGAUCAAAGUUGAAAUUCCUCGAGAGGGCGGCGAAGGAGGAGGAAGCGAGCGGGGGAAGUCAAAGCGGACGAAGAGGACGUCGACCAAGGACCGACAGCCGAGGCAAAAGUUUCGACCGAGAGAAACGAGUGUGCGGAAAAAAGAGAAGCGGCACAAAGGCAGCGGAAAAAACGCAGCUUGGUUUUGUUAAUCAGAAGAUUACGACGCGUUCGGCUUAAUAACGAGCGAAGAGAAAAGGAAGGGCGUACGUGAAAGGACUGGUGGAAGGACCUCCGGUCGUGAAUUGUGUAUCAUUGGCGCCUGUACUUUUCAUCGAAAGAUCCGACUGAAUAGAAGUCUAUAACAAAGAAUAUAUGUCCGUUCUUGAAUAAAUGAAUAAAUAUUAUUGAACUGCCAGUCGAAUACAGAUAUAUUCACGAAAGAUUGGGAAUUUUAAGAAGGGACGAAAGAAAUUAAAUACUCUCCGUAAAAAGUAAACGUGUGAAAAAUUGCAAGAACACAUAGAAAAUAUAGAAACUGCUAAUUGUUAUUUUUAUGUGAAAAUAGUGAUAAAAGAAAUAGUAAGAAUUUAUCUUUGUAAAAUUUAUUCCAUCGUGUGAGGUGACUAUCAAUAAAUUAAUUUCAUGAAUAUAUAAAUAAUUAUUAUUAAUAACAACCGCAAAAAACAAACGUGACGUUAUACACAAACAUUGACAACGAUCGGUUCAAAGUCGAUCGCGAAGACAUCGAGAAUGUCACGACGAUCUUUCAAAUCGUUUGAGUGGUCGCGAUCUAUCGUGGAAGUGGCGCGAUCGAAAUUCUUCUGGAAUCAAUAUCUGCCUCGCGAGAAGGAUUGCCGUUGAAAUAACUGUGUUUGAAAAAAAGAAAACUCAAUACGAUUGCAGCAACCGAAAUCGAAUGCUGCUCCUCGUGAUAAGAGAGUGGAUCCGACAUAUUGCGUGAAGUCAUCGCGACACCCAAGCCUCAAUUCUCGAUAGAAAACGAUAUCGAGAUGCGCUGCGCAUUGGAAUAUGUAUUUCUGACGAGCCUGCUGAUGGUGCUAAAGACUCAUCGAAUGGGCGCAGCUGCAGAGGAGCCGGAAUUUCAGAACAAAGCACCAGUAAGAUUAGUCUGGGCGACUGAAGGAGACAAUGUAGAGCUGCCAUGCGACAUUACACCGCCGACACCGGAGGAUUCGGUUAAUAUGGUUCUCUGGUUCAAGGACAACGUUGGUAUACCACUCUACAGCCUGGAUGCGAGAAACGGUAGUUUGACCGACGCUAAUCAUUGGGCAGUCAGCGAUGACCUCGGAGGACGAACGUACUUCCAGGUCGGCGAUGGUCACCGAGCGAGAUUGAAAGUCACCAAAGUGACGUUGAAAGAUCAAGGGGUUUUCAGAUGCAGAGUGGAUUUCGUAGAUUCUCCAACACGAAAUUUUCGCGUAAACUUGACACUAGUUGAGCAACCAAGUACACCUGUGAUAUAUGACGCUCAAGGACGAGAAGUGACGGGAGUAGGUGGUCCUUUUUUGGAAGGUUACAGUCUUGUUUUGACCUGUCAAGUGUCUGGAGGUAGACCCAAGCCCUCGGUAACUUGGUGGAAGGACGGCGAGCUGCUGGAUGGCGUGGUAGAUACUGUGCCUAUCGACUCACCGAGUAGAUUUACAGUAAACGAUCUAUUUAUUGACAAAGUCACCAAGUCACUGUGGGGAGCGAAGCUCGAAUGCAGAGCUCAAUCAGGACCAAUGGGAAAACCUAUCGUCCGCGAGGUGUCUCUAGACAUAUAUCUGAAACCGGCGAUCGUAAAGAUCGUUCUGAGCGAAGAUCAGAUUUUUGCCGGUCGUCCAAUCGCCGCCAGAUGCGAAACUUGGGGUAGUUCUCCAGCCGCCAGGAUCAUUUGGAGGCUGGGAGAACAUGUGAUAGGCGAUCCCAACGUAUCCACCACGCAAAGAAGUAAUUCGACGGUGAGCAAGUUGGCUUUAGUUCUCAGUAAGGAUGACGAUGGCAAGGAAUUGAUUUGCCGGGCCGAAAAUCCGAGGUUUCCCGGAGGUGUGCUCGAAGAAGUCAAAACACUUCACAUCUCUUAUGCUCCAGUAGUCGUUGCUCGUUUGGCCACUGGCUACGUCUUGGACACUUUGAGGGAGGGCGACGAUCUCAAGUUAGUCUGCGACGUUCAAAGUAACCCGCCACCGUCGCGAGUAAUUUGGUAUCACGAUAAUCAACGACUGGGGCACGAUGUGAGCGCGGGAAUUUUGGUGGCUUCAAACUCGUUGACCCUUCGGGUGCUCGCGCUCGCACACGUCGGCGAGUAUUCCUGCGCAGCUAUGAACGCCGUGGGAGAAACUCACAGCCCGCCGCUUUUUAUUCACAUGAAAUAUGCACCAAGAUGCAGGGAAGGUAACGAAAGGAGAGAGAUCACCGUCGCUCAACACGAGACAGUAUCGCUCACGUGCGAAGUUGAAGCGCUACCUGACGAUCACGUGCGAUUUUCAUGGACUUACAACGGUACUAUCGGCGAUGUUUUACCUAUUCCAAACUCGAAGGUUGAAAAUAAAGGCCUCAUGAGUGUCUUGGAAUAUACAAUUGGCGCGGAUAAUGAUUACGGCACGUUGGCUUGCUGGGCGAGCAACAACAUUGGACGGCAAAAGGCACCCUGUAUAUUUAACAUCAUACCUGUUAAACCACCACAAUCACCAUUGGACUGUGCACUGUACAACGAAAGCAGUUCACUAGAAGUUAAUUGCAUCCCGGGAUCGGAUGGUGGAUCGCCACAGCACUUUUUGCUGGAAGUUCGAGGAUCUCUCAGAAAUUCCGGUAUCGGCGAAAUUGAUCCUCAUACUCUUCAAACGCCUCAGAGUGAUCAGGGGAUGGUCGGGGAAUCUCCGCCUAUUUAUCAAGAUAUGAAACUGACCCCCAACUUCCAGCUUCACGACCUUGAACCGGGAUACGAUUAUACGGUAUACAUUUACGCGAUCAAUGGACGUGGCAGAAGCGAACCCGUUCUUCUGGAAAACGUCAGAGUGGGGGAAUCUAUUGGUAGAAAGAUGGAGAGAAGCGGGAUUUUUUUGGAGGAUCUAAAGAAAGCGCUGCCGCAAGCCAGUUCCGAGAACAUGAUUAUCAUUAUUGCAUUGACAGGUACAGGCGCGGCAGCGUUGGUUCUCAUCGGCAUCGGAAUGAUUAUCGGUCUGAUAAUCUGUAGAAAAAGAUCAAAUACUACCAUCAUCGAAGGUCCGGAUGAUUUCACCACGCCGACCUAUGUUCCGGCCCAUAGGAUCGAACCCAGAAUCAGGUACUCUAACGAGAACAGACACUCUCAGAGGACAAGUCUUUACGUCGAAGAAAAUCGAAAGGAACCGGAUUUACUUAACCGAGUGGAGCUUGACUUGCGAGAUUAACUCAUCUGAUUUUGUACAGCUAAAAAUAAUCAAGACACAAAGUGCAAUGUAAAGUAGUAUUCCAUAUAAAAUUCAACUGCUUCGCAUAAAUCGGUAUGUUCUAUUCGUGUAAUUAAUAUAAUGUUAUCAAAUUAGAAAUAUCACGAUUGUCGGCUAUAACGAGCAACUAUUAGCCAUGUAAAUUAACGCUUAAGCAGCGCGUGUUAGUUUUUAUGAUGGAGUCGAAAAAGUUGCCGAUCUUCAUGUAAAUGGAGGCAUUACGAAACAUUCUAUUAGCUAUUUAUAUUCAUUUUCCGCGAAACGCUUGGCCGCGCGACACAAAGAGGUCGGCGGUCGAGAUUUGUACUUUAAAUUGUAUAGAGUAUAGAGUUAAAGUAGCGUUAAAAAUUGUACAGUUAUUUUUACAACGUAGAAAGGCGCUAAGACGUCGGAGAUCUUGCAUACUUUUAAGUAUUAGUAUAUUAAUAUUUCGACCCUUAAAAACGUGAUCUUGCGUACCUUUUUUCUUUACAACAGACUGCUUCAAAAAACCAUUUUUAAUGAUUUAGGGAUUUUUUUUAUAAAUUUCAAUCGUGCACACGUGAAACUAUGAGUUUACGUAUUUUAUAAACAAUAAAUAAGUUUCUAUGGUUAUCAUACAUGUCUAUGACAUUAUACUGCUAAUCAAUUAUUUAUAUUUCGAAUACAUUCUUUUUUUGAAGCAGUCCAUAGUUCAUAAAUUAUUGUAUAAUUUUUGAUCAGCGUAGUUUACGCUAUUCCAUACGAUUAUUGUAAAUAUUCAUAUAUUAAUAUACACAAUUAUAAAUAAAAUAAAACCUCCAGAUUGUAUUAUUAAUGAUUAAUCAGAU